CCGCUUAACAUUUAUGGUGUUUCUGAUUAUUUCCCAUAUCGUUUAGAAUUCAUAUUUAAUUAUUUUGUAAUAAUAUUUACAUAAUGUCGUGCCUACAUAAAGAGCGAAAACCCAUGGUUCCUUUAAAGACCCUAGAUAUAAUUUUUAGAAGAAGAUAUGUACCGAAUACCCAGCAUUACUUCACCGACCGUCGGCAUGCAGUACGCAAGGAUGAAGGGAAAAGAAAAGCAGAGCCAUUUCGGCUACCUAGGUCUGAGAAACUUCUUUCAUAUAUUAAAUAUAGCGACCAGCAGAAAAAGAAUCACAUGAAGAAAAUAUUAACUCAACCUCUACAUAUGAAAGACAAUUUACGAAUUGCUGCUACGAGAGACAUUUCAGAACGACUCUUCAUUGAAGAGACCAGUGAUAGUGUGAGAGCAGUUGUAGAAAUUCAUCCAGAAUUUUAUUCGGUCAUCGAAGGUCGGCCACUUCGUUGUUUCGAUGAUAUCAAAGUGUAUAUUAACAAUAUACGCAGUUAUGCCAUGGAUCGACAGCAGAUUGGCUACCGGCGAGAUUUGAUUCUAAAUAUCGAUAAGAGUAUUAUGGAGGAAUCCACGGAGCAUAACAAAAUUGUUGAGAACUUAAAACGUCAUAUACAAAAUUUCCAAAAAUUUCUUACAGAAGACUAUAAAAAAGCAUGUCAGAAAGUUUCAAAAGCUGAAAAACUUUACAGUGAAUUGGUUGCUAAAAAUUCUCAAUUUUUAAGUUAUGUUUCAACUUUAACCCUUCUGAAUAACAUUAUUUUUAAACUAGAUGCAAUUAGAGGUGUUUUGAAAAUUUACAGACGAUUUUUGUUGUUUGUUGCCCCUCUUUCGUGGCGUCAAAUUUAUGACGAGACAUUAAGGGACAGAGUACAUUCCAUUCAGUUUGAAUCUGGACAAUUUGCUACUGAUAAUGACCUAGUCGAUACUUUGGACAUCGACAAAAUUAUUGAGUCUGCAAAAAUUGAAUUUAAUAAUCCUCUACCGGCUCACCUGUAUUUUAAGACGCCUGAACAAAUGCUGUACUUAUUUCGCACGAUGGAAUUACAGAGUAGAGAAUAUUUAAUCCAGCUAUCUAAAACUACUGUACCAUUCCGUUUAUUGCAAGAACGAAUUAAGCAAUUAAAACAAGCGACAAAACACGAACUUGAUUAUUUUCAAUUUUAUAUUGACAGUAUUAAUUAUGAAAUAGAGCGAGAAAAUCACAAUGAACAACUCCUACAAGAAAAGUUUUUCCGAAUUUUAAAUGACACAUUUUACGAAAGUGUCGCUAGUCCAGAUACUUUGAAGCUUAAAAUUUGCAUUGAAUAUGUUUACGAACAAAUUUUUGGUAAAUGUGAAGAAGGUCAUCAAAGUUUACACGACCCAAUGAAGAUUUUAGAGGUGAUGUAUGAAGAUUAUAAUCUUCGGUUAGAUGCUUUAGAUUUUAAAAUUGUAAACCAAGCGAGAAAUGAUUUCUUUUCACAAGAUUUAAAGACAAUGAUGAACGCUUACAAAGCACAACGAGAACUGAGAGCAUUCCGGGAAAUGACAAAUGCUAUGAAUAAAGCAUUUUUACCACCUGCAAAAUUUUCGAGACCACCAUCAGUAAAAAGUGUUUUAAUGAAAUCUAAAAAGAAGCAAGCAAGUACAAGAAAGUCCAUUGCAGAAGAAGAGGAUGAAGUGAAGUCAAAACAUAAAUUAACAGCGGACGAAAAAGAGGGUUUAAUAUUUUUUACAGAGUGGUGCGAAGGAUUGGAUCCAACACCUUUUCUUAAAGAGUAUAAUGAAUUUGUAAAACCUGUUUUUAGACAAACUGCUAAAUUAUCAGAUUAA